UGUUGCAUCUAUAAAAAUACGGAGCCAAAAUAGUUCCCUCACGAAAUAAACGACAUCGCUUUGUGCACUCCCUUACCUGGAGCCUCAGGCUUUAGUUUUUCCGAUCUCGAAGUUUAGAGUACCGUUAGCACCGUGUUGUGAUAUCGAAAACUGGGCUUUGUUCUUCGGUGAAUCGGAGCGAUGGGUCGGUCUCGGGCGGUGUCGCAUUUGUCUGAAGAGGAUCCGAACCAAAGGUCCAAGAGAAAGAGACCAACUACUAUUACUACUACUACUACUACUUCCAAUACUUCCAACGCUGCCUCUGCUUCCAACGCAGAAACCACAGAAACUGCUACGCCCACAGGGAAACUGGCAUUGUACCAUUGUAAUUAUUGCAACAAAGAUAUAUCAGGGAAAAUUCGUAUAAAGUGUGUUAUGUGCCCUGAUUUUGACCUCUGUAUUGAGUGCUUCUCUGUUGGAGCUGAGGUUACACCCCACAAGAGCAACCACCCUUAUAGGGUUAUGGACAAUCUCGCUUUCCCACUUUUGUGUUCGGACUGGAAUGUAGACGAAGAGAUGUUACUUCUGGAGGGAAUUGAAAUGUAUGGAUUUGGUAACUGGACUGAAGUUUCUGAACAUGUUGGAACAAAAAGAAGAUCACAAUGUAUUGACCACUAUAAUGCUGUGUACAUGAAUUCUCCAUGCUUUCCUCUCCCGGAUAUGUCGCAUGUUAUGGGAAAAAGCAGGGAGGAGCUCCUUGCUAUGUCUAGAGGGCAUGGUGAAGUCAAAAAAGAAAUUCCUAAUGUUGGGGAGCUUACGCUGAAAGAAGAGUCUUCAUUCUCAGCUAGAGUCAGAUCUGACGAAUCAAAAGAAGGUCCAGCUUGGCAAUCCUCAUCUAGCUUAACAUCAGAAACAGGCAAAGGUUUGGGUUCAAGUAGUGGCAACACAUUCUCCAGUGUGAUAAAGAAGGCUUCCAACAACUCCCAGAUCAAGGAUGGAAUUAAAAUGGAAGAAUUUCAGUCAGACAGGAGCAUUGGUGAGAAAAAGCCUAGGGUUCCAGGGGAUGAGGGACCUUCUAUGACAGAGUUGAGUGGCUAUAACUUCAAGAGGCAGGAGUUUGAGAUUGAAUAUGAUAAUGAUGCAGAGCAGAUAUUGGCGGAUAUGGAAUUCAAGAAUACUGACUCUGCUGCUGAUCGCGAAUUGAAAUUGCGAGUGUUGCGUAUCUACUCAAAAAGGCUUGAUGAGAGAAAACGCAGGAAGGAUUUCAUAUUGGAAAGAAAUUUACUUUAUGCUGACCCUUUGGAGAAGAGCCUCUUACCUAAAGAGAGAGAGAUAUGUCAGCGCUACAAGGUCUUCAUGCGGUUCCACUCGAAAGAAGAGCAUGAUGAAUUGCUCAAGAAUAUUAUUGAGGAACAGCAGAUUGUCAAAAGAAUACAAGAUCUUCAGGAAGCUCGAGCUGCAGGCUGUCGAACAGCUGCUGAGGCAAAUAGUUUUCUUGAACAAAAGAGGAAGGUGGAAGCAGAAGAAAGUGAACAUGGAAUUAAAGAAAGUGCACAGGGUCCCAGUGGUAAAGUGUUGCAAAGACCAACUCAACUCAAAGGAGAAUUUGAUGCUAGUCCUCGGGGAGUUGUCAAGGGUUCCACAGGUCUAGAGCUCAGUGAGAAGGAUUCAUCUUCAGCAAUGCAAGCUAUAUCGAGUGAUCUAGACAAGUGGGACAUCACUGGAUUUGUAGGGGCUGAUUUACUCUCUGAAACUGAAAAACAGCUUUGUGGUGAGAUUAGAAUACUACCCGCGCAUUACCUCAACAUGCUGCAGAUCAUAUCAGUAGAAAUUUUGAAGGGCAAUGUCACAAACAGGUCUGAUGCCCAUGGGCUGUUCAAGGUAGAACCAAGCAAAGUUGAUAGAGUAUAUGAUAUGGUUGUGAAAAAGGGGAUUGUGCAAGCUUGAUGACAUAUCCCAUCUCCAUCUUUGUAUAGAAACUUGUACAGUUAUUAUUAAUAGGAAAAUUAUUAGUUUUCGUGCA